UUCAUCCACAACAUUCCUCCAAGCAAUAAAAUAAUAAUCUAAAACAACAUUGAUUUUUAUUAUUAUUGCUCAUUUUUAUAACAAAUAUGGCUUCUCAUUUCAACAUGAGUGCCCUUGUAACCCUUUCUAUCCUAUUAUCUUCCCUUUUGAUCCAAGGCACCCUAGGGGAGGUAACAUGUGAGCAACUUAACAAAGAGGCGUGUGCAUUUGCCGUCUCAUCUAUAGGCAAACGUUGUGUGCUAGAGAAGUAUGUGCGAAGAAGCGGUUUGGAGGCGUAUAAGUGUACCGCCUCUUCCAUAGAAGCCGAUAAGCUAAAGGACUUGGUUGAAACAAACCAUUGUAUUGAAGCUUGUGGUCUAUACCGCGAAACCUUUGGAAUUUCUUCCGACUCUCUUCUUGAGUCUCGCUUUACCCAAAAGCUUUGCUCACCGGAGUGUUACCAAAGGUGCCCUAAUGUCGUCGAUCUCUACUUCAACCUUGCUGCCGGUGAAGGAGUAUUUCUUCCAAAAUUAUGUGAGACACAAAGUGAGAAUCCGAGAAGAGGAUUGUCCGAUAUCAAGAGUUCGGGAAUAGUAGCACCAGGACCCGUAUCCGGCAAUGAUGAUUCAAAGUUAUUUGGUAUUACAAUUUCAAUCGGGUCUCCAUUACCAUCCAUGGAGUUGGCUGCUCCAGCUCCAGCUCCAGCCAUGCCUCCUCUCUAGAUCAUUUGCAACGGGAAUAUAUGAUUGGUAUUGCAGUAAUAUAUAAAGUUAUCACAAGUUAUGGAGUGUAUUAAUUAAGUGUGUUUUAAAAGGGCUUUUUUUUUUUUUGUUUUUUUUUUUUUUUUUUUUUUUUGUGGUCGUGUAAAUUUGGAUUGAUUGUUAUCGGGAUAUAAAAUUUAUAA